CGCCCGCCCGCGCCGUUCCUCCGCGGCGCCCUUUCACUUCCUGGGGCCGGCGGAUGGCGGCGGCCCGCAGCGCGCCCGCCCCCCAUGCCGCCCCGCAUCGCCUGAGCCCGCCGGCCCGCCCGGCCCGGUAGCGCCGCGCCCUCCCGGGGCCCCCGCCGGGAGUGGAGCCGCGCCGAGGGCCGGGUGGGGCGGCAUGCGGGCGGCGUGAGGGCCGGCGCGGCGGGGAACGGCGCGGAGCGAGCCUUGGCCAUGGGCGAGCGGCGGGACGAGGAGAACGCCGGGCCGGGCACGGAUUUUCAUCCGGAGUCGGAAGAGUCGAGUUCCCUUUUGCGGACAGCGGUUUCGGUGCUGCAGAGCUCCUACUUGGACUCUACAUCUCAGGAUGGUUUUCAGUACAGCCAAGCAAUUCUGGUGGAAAACAAUGUUUUUCUAAGCGAGCUCAGAGCUUUUGCCCAAGCAAAGGAAGCCGCCGGGUACAGCCAGGAGGAGCUGGAGGAGACCUUUGCAUUUCUCCUGUUUGACAAUGAAGAAGAGGCGAAAGAGGUGUGUCAGACAGGCCUCCGUGUAAACAGCAGUUCUAUUUCCACGCUUGGUGACCCAGCAAAAGGGGUUUAUAUUUCCAAGUAUGCAGACUGUCUUCAUCCGAGACCCUGGUAUCAUGGAAAAUCAGGCUAUAUUGUCAUCUGUAAGCUCAUUAAGGGGAAGGUCAAGGUGGUAUCUGAGAAUUACACAACCAGCUAUACCUGCCCAUCUCCCGGCUAUGACUGCCAUGUCGCUGUGAGCAGAAACAACAUACCAUCAAAGACGAGCCACUGCCAGGCCUUCGAGCAGAGCCAGUAUUACGUGUAUGAAGUGUCCAACGGUAGCACUGCUGAGCGGCCCAGGCAGAUCUGCCCGUACAUAGUCAUCGCCUGCCAGUACAGGGAGCCGAAGGAGAUGCCUGUCUUAGCUAUAGAGAGCCUACCUGAGCUUAAUCACAAAGCGUUGUACUGUUCGUGGAGGGGGCAGCUGUCCAUCCGGGGCCAGCUUUUGUGCAACAUCGCCCUGAGGACCCCAUACAGCUCCACGAUUCCAGCCCAACUGCCUCCCAACCUGGACAUUAACCAUGUCAUGGGUUUGUCUGACUUGAAGAAAAAGCUACCAGAAGCUGCAUUUGGGAAAAGAAAUUACAUUGAGAAUGAAGUCUGCUUUCAGGGUGUUUACUUCAGUCUGUAUGAAGUAGAAAUAUCAAACAAGGAUCAAUACAAAAUGGAUCAGUUAGUAAAAAAUCUAAAGGAAAAGGACUUGGCAAUCAUCAAAUAUUUAGAAGAUCAAGGAGUCCUUAUCCUCCUCACGUCCUCUGCCUUGGCGCAAGAUGAUGGGUUUGACCCCAAGGAGCCCGUCAGCCUCCUGGCCCUGUUUCUGUUCACCUCAUCCCGGUUGGUGUGCCCCCGAGUUGAAAAGCAUGAUCCAAAAGGUGAAAGGGAAGAUAGUGACGAUAGUGACAUCUCAUUAAAAAUAGCCUCAGUUUUGCCUGGACUUCGCUAUGCCUUACAGAAAGCCACCAGUUCUUCAUGGGGGGACACAGUCAGUACCAGCGUACGUAUCAAACAGCACUUCCAGGAAUACACAAAGCUUGAUCAAAAUACACAGCCCACUUCUGGCCAAAACAGCGAAGUUCCCCUUUCUUCUUCUCUCCUCUCACCCGUCGAGGAUAAAUGUAUUCAUCCCUUUCAAAACCGUUCAGAGCAGUCCUUCUCCCAGCUGCAGCGUUAUUUCUCUGAUCCCAGCAGCUAUACUCUGGAAAUGUCGGCUGCGUUAGGAUGUUUGACUGGUGCUGUUCAGUCUCUUUGCUGCGAUUCAGAGGCGGAUUGUAAAGUGAAUUUCUUGUCAGCUGUGCCACCGGACCCUAUUCCUCCCAACACAGCAGUGGAAAUAAAAGUCAAAAGUGAAAACCCAAAGCCUGCAGUGGGGCUGGACCAGAGUGGUGAAGGGUCCAAAAAAGAUGUCAACUCAACCAGCAAGCUGUGGGCGCAGCAGAGCAGGAGGAAAUCCAGCCGAGCUGUUGUGACCAGCACCAGGAAGAAAUGGUCACCCCUCAAGAUGCAAAUGCAUCCUAUGGGCGACAGCAGCAGGAAAGCAACCAAGAAGAAGAAAAUCAACAUCGCUUUCUCUUUUCCUAAAAAACAAGGGCUCACAGCCAAUUCCAAUGAGCCCAUGCUUAAAUUAGCCAAUUUGCAGUUUCCACACAGAAGGAAAAGAGGUGCGGAGGUCCUGUCUGCAGAAUUUGUACAUAAAACACAGUCUGAACCCGUUUGGAAGGAAACCUCGGCUCCCGAUGAUCCUGGCUUGGAAACAAAGAGACCAAAGACACUGAAGAACACAGACGUGGAAAAGGUUCCUGUUGCUGAGACCGUCACGAAACCAGUGAAAAUGCUAAAAAGUGUGGGUACCAGCCCAUCGAAACCUCAAGCCAAAAAGCAAGCAGAAAGUGAGUGGAAGGAGCCAUUCUCUGUCCUCCCGAGCGAAGUUUCUUCCCAAUGCCACGGAGCGGAUAGCCAAACGAGUGAGAUGUACCCAGGCGGGGUUGCUGAUCUCAGUUUAGAUCUGAAGGGGAACGACUACGAGUCCCACGCCCUGAACUUGCUGGCUGAUCUGGCUCUGGGAUCUUGUAUUCCUUCGUUUAUACCCAGGGACAGCGGGUAUACCUGCAGCCCCUCCAGUGACUCUGCAAAGGAGCAGCAGAAUUAUCACAAGCAUAAAUCCUUACGUGUUGCUUCUGACCAUGAAUACCACAGGGUAGACAAGCUUGCAAGGGGAGCCACCUCUCCUAGCAAAGCAUUGCCGAACCAGAAGCUUCCUCCUGCUGAAAAAAUAGACUUAAAUGACUUGGCCUCUAUUCCCAGGGAGAAAAGCCCUGGGAUUUUCAGCAAGAAGAACAGUGUGAGCCCUAGCCCUGCAAAACCCCAUGCGUUGCCUCUGAGAGAGACUCAAGAAGCUGCCGAGGUGAACAAGCACUCCUUCAUUUCUGCUGAGCACUCAUAUGCCUCGCAGAUGCCUGAGCACUCAAAGAAACACAUGUAUCCCAGAGGUGCCCCCUACCCUGGACCAGCACCCUCCAGAAACGGGACCAGGAACGCCCGAGCAGGACCCCUGGUUGGGAAAGUCCUGCCUUUCCGUCACCAGCAGUACAGCACCCACCACCAGCGGCCCUUCGAGGCUGUGACGAGACGCAGGAGCAGCCUGCUCUCCCCCAGGCUGAAGGAUGACUUCACCAAGUCCCACACAGUGAACAUCUGCGGCGAGUCCGUGAAGGUGACGUGCCAUUGGGAAGCAGAGUAUCUCUUCAAUUUGGACAGCAGGUACACCAACGAUGCCCUGGAGAAAACUGUCAUCCGCGCCCUGCACGGGCCCUGGGACCCUGAUCUGCCCGACGACGUGGAAGAGAUGAAGCCUAUACUUCAUAUGUGGGUGGCUCUCUUCUACAGCAAACCCAGCAAACUCCUGAGCAGCACGAGGAAGGUGGUGGAGCACAGCAACCCCGAGAAGUACGUCUCAAUAAACAGCACCGGGGACUUUCUUGAGCUGAGUGAUGAUGGUGAGGACUUUUUUGGGUUGGAGACGUGCCCUGCAGAUUCUAGGUCAGACCCUGACCAGACUCCCAGCAGCUCUCUGGAUCGCAGCACACAUUGCCGGGGACCUUUCCGCCCAGAGGAGAACCCUGCCGACUCUCAGACGGAUGCUGAUGGCACUCCUGGUGUUGUCGAUAGUACGGUAUCGUCUUCUUCAGGGGAGCUGCCCUGUGAGGAGGAGGAGCCUUCCUCCACAAGCUGUCCCGAGAGCCUUUCCCUCACUGAACAUGCUGAUGAGAGCCUGGCUGUGAAGGACAGGCAGCCAGCAGUCGUUCCUGAUGAGCGUGUGCGUGACGUCUCGACCAUCCCUGCGGAGGAGCCACCUAAGGAGGGAUUGCCAGACCCUACGAUCGUCCCCAGCCCUUCCGAUGAGCUCGGUGAUGCCGGCAAGCCCCCAGCUGCGCUGAGCAGGGACAACCUAUGCAGCCAAGCCCUGAAUUCCAGCACAGCUCCCUGGAGUGAUGCACUGAGUGCGCUGCAUGGACGUGGAGAGCAGCAAGAGAGCGGGUGGGCAGCAGGGUCAGGGAGCGGCCCCGGUCCUCCCAAGGACAGGGAGAGCAUGGGAGACGCUGAGCACUGUACAGAGCUUGAGGAUGGCAGCUGGGCCACCAGAGACAGAUGGCAACGUGCCUGUGAUUCGAUGCUCUUAGAAGUGAGUCCCAAAAGCGCAAAGGCUGAUGGAGCCAGUGGGGAAGGGAGGGAAUCACAAGACCCCUACAGACAUUCAGAAAAAGAGGAGGAAGAGGUGAAGGAGGAAAAAAAAGAGAAGGAGGAUUCUGAAUAUGAAAGCACAGUCCUGAGGCCUGUUAAUUUAGCAUUUUCUGAAAGCGGUGAUGCCAACAUGGAGCAUGAACGCAGCAAGCAGAAGCCAGUGAAUUCAGCAUGUCCAAAGGACUUCGGCAUUCCUGGAGAGGGCCCUGUGCCCAGCCCCACUGCUUUAGCAUCCCCCUGCCCAGGCAGAUCAAUGCUGGUGUUGUCAGAUGGGACUGGGACUGGCCCUCCAGGGCUUCCUGGUGAGAAGGUACUGAGCCUGGACAUGCUGCAAGAGCCCCGGGAGGCUUUGCUUCCCCCAGAUGCAGAGAUGAACGGUGUUGGUUUGGCACAUACAGACAGUACAGCCGAUGUGGGGUUGCCCCGUGACAGCAGGUUGAUGCUGCCGUUACCGUCUGAUCCAAGCCUUGUCUGCAGGGCACAGCCAGCCAGCGUUGCAGGCUACAUGGGACCUGCCAGAGAGACACUUGGGGACGGCUUGGAGAGGAAAGACAAGGAUCGUGCGCCCUCUGCAGAAACGUGGGCGCCUGCUCGGAGCAAAGCUGCUGGCAGAGCUGGCCUGGAGUCACUGUGCGGCCAGGGACUGUCACUAACCUUGUCCCCUGACUCCAGCUCUGUCUGCCUGACAUCUCUUGAUAGAGCAACAGAUCCUGGGGCUGCUCCAGAGGACCAGGAGGCCAUGGCAAGCAUCCAAUCUCCAUCACAGAGCGACCUGGGAGGGAGCAGCUGCCUUUCCCAAAGGUGUGGAGGCAACAUCUAUGCUGACCUCACUUUGCUGAGCACUGGCGAAUCAAAUCAAGAAGGGAACAAGGUUUUGGUGGAUGAACAGCGUAGCAGCCCUUCUGCCAACCAGACAGAUGUGCUGGAUGAAUCCUUGGGAGCGGGUGAUAGCCAGGGCUUUGCCUUCAUCUGUACGGCCUUAGCAGGUGACUCUGAAGCCGGGGAGAGUGAUGAUGUGUGCCUCGGUGCAGAGAAGUCCCCCAAGAGCGAUGAAACGAACACAGGGACGGUGACUGACCCACUACAGGAGCCAGAGACCUCUCUUCAUGACCUGCUGGACUCAGAGCCCUCCUCCUCAGUGAGAGAUGGGGUGUCUGCCAUGAAGGAGCACCCCAGGCAGCAGCAGAGCUCCUCAAACAGCCUGUCCCCGCCUGCCCACAGAGGCUCAGCUCCUGCUUCUCCCCCCCAGCAGAUCCCUCUCCCCUGUGGUGGAGAUGCAGACCCCCACCACCAUUUGUUAGAGCAAAGCGAGCGGGACCCAGUCCUGUGCCAACACGGGAAGUCCUGCGAGCAAGUGGGUGCCGCAGAGGUGAGUGUGGCUACCGAAAGCCCAGAUGGUUCCUUAAAGCCCAGAUGUGCAGAAGAGGUGAAAAAAGACACGGGUCUGUGCUAUGCAGAGAGCUCCCCCGUGGACGUGCUUGUGCCAGGUGACCCGGGAUCGAUGCCUCCUUCUCCUCCGCAUGGUCGCAAGGCAGGUCUGCACAGCGCUGAGCCGGACUCAGUCCUUGGUGUGCACCCCAAGAUGCUUUCUCCUGGCACGAGUCUGGCUCCAGAUGCUGCCCCAUGGUCCUGCUGCGUGGGCACCUGCCCCGGGUGUGCCAGCCCCAGGGACCAAGCAGUGGAUGCGGUAGGGAGCCACGAGAAGGAACCUAUCCUGCCCAAGGAUUUGGAAGGAGGAAGCAGCAUCCCUCUUGCCAAUCCUGUAUCUUUUUCAGCAGGGGAGUUGCUCCUGCCGCUGUGUGGGCCCCAGUCUGCGUGCAACCAGGGCGAGCGUGAGGCCGAGGGAACCGACGCUUUCGCUGAUCUGCACCAUGCCAGCAUGGAGGUGGGAGAGGAAGAAAUCCCCACUCUCCCCUUCCCGAUGCUGCCGUUACAUGCACGCAGGGGAAUCUCUGGAGAGAGCCUGGAGCUUAGUGACACUGAGGAUAUUUCGGACGUGCUUCCGAGGGCAAAGCAGCUCCCCAGCAGAGACAGAUGCAUGGGCUUGACCUUUGAAGAUCUGUUUGAGUCUUUCUCUAGCGACUCAGACCAGGAGUAUUUUGGGGGGACAGCACAGUCCCUGCUCACAGCCGGGGGUUCCUAUAGCACGAGAUCCGUGGUUGCUGCAGGCACAAGGACUAACUGCGACUCCUCUUCCACCAGCUCAGCGCACACGGAGGGACGCAGCGAGGACUGGGGCUCCCUGGGUGUGGAGGGGGGCUGCUCGCAGGCUGACCUCAGCUGGCCGAUUGGCCUGGGGGGAACUAGCAGCGGGCACAUUCCACCAUACGUCAGUAUUAGGGACAGCCAGGGGAUCGCCAAGGACUACCGGAACAUCGUAGUCACCAAAAAGCGUCAGGAAAGAAUGGGAAAUUUGCAGCCUUUGAAGAGGCGCAGCCACUGUGCACAGCAGUCUCACUUGUUACGGUCACUGAGGAGGACUUGGAGGGGUUUUGAGGAAAUCACCCAGCACACUUUGAACAUGGAGUGUCUCCGUUUCCAUUAUAAGCUAAAACAAAUCCUAAGGAGCAGGAAACCGCCCUUUUCUACCUCCAAAAGCAUCUUUCCAAAAGACUUUUCUCCCCAGGCGAUGUCUGAGACAUUGCCUGUGCAAGAAGCUCCCGUCCCGCUCUCGCUGCAGAGCAGGAGCCCUUUGCAGGUGACAAUCCUGCCCUCCAACACAUGGCCGAGCGGGCUCGGCUGGCACCAGCGAAGCAGGUGGCACGGGGACCCGUGUACCCCGUGGCAGCACACCCUCUGCAACGAGAGGAGCAGGCCCAGAUCCCAAACCCCGAGCCAGCGCUUUGCGGCUCCCUUCCACCUCAGCAAGCUCAAAUACAUUGAUAAGCUAAAGGACUCGCAGGGGGACAUCGCCAUCAUCCUUGAUGAGUACGCUGAGUUGAACAGGGUGAUGCUGAGCCAGGCUGAUGCGGAGAGCAAAGGCAGAGGGCCAGACCCGGCGCACGGGGAGGCCGUGAGCGAGUGGACGUGCGCGUCCCUCCCCGGGAAGAUGGCCGGCAUCGAGGAGAUGAUUGCAGACCUAUGCAGCACGCUGCGUUUCUGCCUGCACAGCGUGGCCGAGGAGGCCUGUGGCCACGCUGGCAUGUUCCACUUGGUGGUGACAGGCGAGGACCCUUUCUUUGCAAGAGUGAAGACCUUGCUGAAGAAAGACGGCUGCAUGGAGAUCGAACCUCUGAGCUUCUGCGAAGCAAAGCACUCAGACGCUGACAGGUUGCUUGUCGUCAUCAGGAAUGAGGACAUUUUCUCACACAUCCACAACGUCCCGUGCUUGCUGAAGCUAAAGCACUGUCCGAACGUGGUGUUCGCCGGACUGGACAGCCCCGAAGAUAUAACAGGUCACACGUACCAGGAGCUGUUUCAUACCGGUGGCUUCGUGGUGUCGGACGAUGAGGUGUUGGAAAUGGUAACGCUGGGCCAACUGAAAGAGGUAGUGAAGGUGCUGGAGAAGCUGAACAGAAGCGGGAGGUGGAAGUGGCUCCUUCACUACAAGGAGAGCAAGAAGCUCAGAGAAGAGGCCAGGGUGGACGCCAACGCCCACAAGAAGCACUUGAUCCUCAAAUCGUGUCAAGGCACCGAUCUCAUCGAGGUGCUGCACUACCACGCCUGCGACUUCGGGUCGUCCCCCAAAGCCGAGUACGUCAAGUGCUUGUUGAACCUGCAGGUUCAGCGCAUCAGCGCCAGGUUCGCUGUGUAUCUCACAGAAAAGCCCAGCAUCAGCAGGGAGGCCCUUGAAAGCAAAGGAAUCCUCGUGGCUGAUGUCAAAACCUUCCUUGGGACUGUGGAGAAAGCGGCUGCUCCGUUUAGAAGAAGCUACUGGUGACGAAGCGAAGCCGCAGCACGGCUCCUCCCCGGGCCCCGCAGCACCGGUUGGGGCAUCCUGGUCCUCUGCGGGACAGCCCUGGUGCCCAGUGGGAGCUGUGAGUGGAGAGGUGGCAGGGGAAGGUUGGCUCUAGUUCUGUAUAUAGAAAUUAUUUAAAGAUGGUUAAUGCAAAUCCUCGCAGGGAUUUACUCCCUGCCACCAAGUUGCAUAUAGGGCAGAGGUUACUUUAACAUGAUGCAGUUUUAAGUUAUUGGAGUGUUUUCAGGUGAUUAGUGCAUUGGAAAAAAAUAGGAAACUAAAAAUAAAAACCAGCUGUUUACUUGAACGUUCGGAACGAAUCCACAAUAACAAAUGCAUUUUCCACAUGACUGUAGCUAUACAUACUGUACGCAAGAUGCACACGUUAGCUGCUGGGGGUGGCUGUACAUUUUAAAUGGGUGUCAGCAGCCGUUGCCCGCAUCGUUGGCAAGCCUGCGGCCGCCCGCUCCGCACUACAUUUCAAUUCACACAACCCCCCCAUUGCCUCUUGGUACCAUUUCACUGCUGGGACUCGAGCACAUUCCAGCACGUGGAAGUCUUGGCGCUAGCCAAACAACAGGGUACAGGAACAAACAGCUCUUAUUUAUGGUAGCUCAAACACAUACUGGGAAGAAAAUGUCGCAUUAAGGAUGUUUCCAAGAUCCCCUAUCUAUGGAUGUGGAGGACACGGUUGUCCUUUUUU